CCUCAGGUACAAAACUUCCAUCGGAUGGCGACCUCCAUCUGCGGGGAAUAAACGAAGGUAUGUGCAAGAGAGAGAGAGAGAGAGAGAUAACGCAAUAAAGCCGUAUAAAUGAAGUGAGAGCGAGAUGGAGCGAUGAUCGCCGAAAGGAGUUUAGCGUGUCUGCCGACGCCCGUCGAUGUUCGGCGUUGCUCGUGUGAUUCCGUCGCAGCAAGGCGGGGUUUAGGCGGGGUCGAUACAAGAUGCUUUCUCUUUCUAUACGAUGGAUAUGCUAUCGUUUUCUUCAUCACAGGUGCAUCUAAACACUGUGACGAUAUCAUCUACUAUUAACACAACUGACUCUCUGCAUGCACACGUUUCUUUCCUUUUCUGCCUUUUUCUUUUUUGGCUUUUUUGUUUCUUUCUCCCAAUAAUCAUUAAUUAUAUCAUAUUGUUCGUAUUACGAGCAAUACAUUCAUUGGAGUAGUCACAGUAAUGUUACAUUGUUACAUGUCGGUUCGUGCGAAAAUCAUGUGCGGGGAAAGGGGUGACGGAGAGAGCAGACGGGGUAGAAAAGCUGAGAGGGGAAGUAGAGUCGCACGAGCACGCGCGCGCGCGCCCUUCGGUUUAGCUCGUGCUGGUCGAUCGACGGUAGGUGACUAGAAGACGAGGACAGCGAAUCAAGUAGCGACAAGGAACGCGCGGCGCGGUCGGAAUACGACGGUGAUCGGAGCGAAACGAAGACGCGCAUCGUUCAGUAGCAACUGACACGACGACGACUAGUGCGCAACACGCCUGCAUACGGUUGUUGCGUCAUGACGGCCAACGCGGGAGCGUGAUGUUACGUGGCUGCUACCAUCACGCGUCGUUUAUCUGUCCUGAGUCGCGAAAUUCUCGACGGCUCGUGCUCACGCACGUUACAUACGGAAAGAAGUAUCAACGCUGGGAGCGACAACUACGAACGACGAGCUCUAUCGGACGCCUCGGUGCCGGGGCCGGAUCCGGAGCCAAAACCGGAGCCGGGGCCGGGGCCGGGGCCGAGGCAGAGGCACCGUUGCACGCCGACAGACGGAGCGGCGUUGCCACUUCCUCGCUGCGGCCGCGGUCGCGGCCACCACUGCUGCCACCACCGCCGCCGCCACCGUUACCACCGCCGUCGCACUGUCGUUGCCACGUUCGCCGCUACGUUCCACCGCCGGGAACGGCGACGACGAUCAUCUCUGCAACGCUGCUGGUUAACAACAUGAAAGCAAAGGAAAGGGAAAAACCGUUGGUCAAAGACUUGAACGAACAUAUCGUGUGUCCACUGUGCAGGGGAUACCUCAUAGACGCUACGACUCUUGUGGAAUGUCUGCACUCCUUUUGUAGAGGUUGCAUCGUUCGACGUCUAAGUAGCGGUGCCCGUGCGUGUCCUGUGUGUAACGUCGCAGCGUCGCCGCCGCUUCUGCCAGAUACACGGCUCCAACGGCUGGUGUACCUCGCGGUGCCUGGUCUCUUCCGGUCAGAACUUGAACGUAGACGCCACUUCCGUCUAGUGAAUCCGCAAUGCCCACCGUUGACACCGCCCGUAGGUGCCCUCGAACUCACCCAGGAGGAUCUCGUUAGUUUGAGUUUGCGAGAAUUAAAGGACGUAGAAGAAGGGAUGCCAAAGAAAGGACACGACUUAUCGAGGAACGAGGUAUCGGUGGGAGAUAGGAUGGAUAACAGCGGAAGCACACGGUAUCUUAAGUGCCCGGCCGCCGUGACAGUGCGACAUCUGAUGAGACUGUUAAUGCUAAAGAGAGGAUGGGAAGAGGCUAACGCAAUUGUCAGUGGUAUCAAUAAUAGAAUAGAAAUUAUGUACCAAAAAGACGAGACGCAACAUCUUGAUCGGAAAAACAUGCGUCCGCUUGAUCCAUCUUGGACGCUUCUGGACCUCACUUGCAUAUUUCGAUGGAAAAGGGAGGCUCCAAUGAAACUGUUCUACCGAGUGUUGCGAAAUGAAGAGGCUUUCCCGAUAUUGAAAGUUUCGUCAUACAAAGAUGACGCGACUAAGGAUGAUGUCCCACCAACGAUUGAAAAUAUACAGCGACCUCCGACCCCUCCACCGAGUCCCAAGCCUAGUCGUGACCAGGAAGCGGAAGCUCACAGCGUGAAUUCAUCUCGAGUUCUCGAGAUGAACGUCGAUGUUCGCGACAAAGAAACAAAAACGAAAAAGCCACGCUGUGAGGUAACACCUGUUAUGCGUACUCUAGACCCUCCAGCGACUACUGAACUGUCGACGAACGAUCGUCGUCAGUCGUCGGAAAAUGCAAGAAGCAAAGAUAUGGCAAGGUUGGAGCAUCGAAAGCGGCGCAAGCGACGAAACAAGCGGGUGAUUGCAGAAAUCACUACAACGCCGCGCGAAGAUCUCCUAAAACUCAAAGUCCGUUUGACGCCGUGUCCUCCAAGAAUUACUCCCGGAGCAACAAGCGGUAGCGGAAGUGGAAGCGGGAGCGUCAGUGCAAAUAGUCAAACAAAGGAGAAACUGUUGCAGAUGCGAGCAGUUAGACGCGAUAAGAUCAAAACGUUUGUCCAGCCGCGAUCGACGAGUCCACUAGCUCAGGAAGAAAACAAUUCGAAGGAGUACGCCGGAGAGGCAGAAGAAACGAUCGAGGAUAUCAUCGACAGUAUUCCCGACGAGGUCUUACGUAUCGCCCAGAAUAUCAGCAACCAAAACGAGGAAACUAAAUCCAAAGAAUGCAUUACGGCAGAAAAUAUAACUAAUAAGGAGAAGGCGAAAUCGACGAAAAUAUCGGAAAGCAGUAACGAACCUGAGAAACCGAAGAAAGACGAAGAGAUAUUGCGACGACUGGGUCUGGUAGCUGUUAACGAGGCCAACGGUGACAAAAUGGCGAAUCAACGCACGCAAAGUGGUCCUGACAAGGCGACUCGUGAGAAACUGGAGAAACAGUUGCGCGAAAGCAAAGCAAAUCGCGUGCGAAGCUUGUUGGCGGAGAAACAGAUGCGCGACGCGCUUAAGACCAUUAUGUCGACAAAGGAAGAGCUGAUGUCGUCCGUCAUUAAAACGCCAGCGUCCAUUCUUACUUCCGUUUCCGCCACCGCCGCCGUCGCCGCACCCGCACCUGCCACGCCCGCGGCCGCGCCUAUAAUGCCGAAGAAAAAGGAACCACCGCCGUUGACACCUCUGCGUGUCGCAAAACCUUCUGGUUUUGCCACAACCAGCGUGAUAGUAUCAAAUAUUACUUCCAAAUAUGAAACACCAUUGGACCUUAGCAGCGGCGGCACCACCGUCAAUGACAACGUCCUUGAUCUGUCCGCUACGUUACCCAGCGGUAGUCAGUCUACUCUUCCAUCUUUCUCGUCCUCCUCGUCAUCGUCCUCUUCCUCCUCCUCCUCCUCUUCUUCUUCCUCUUCCUCAUCUUCGUCUUCGCCAUCAUCAUGCUCGUCAUCUUUACCGUCGUUGCCGUCAAGACUGUCAGCCCGAUCCAAUGUUACUGCCAACUUCUGCAAAUCUAAGGAGCAGGAGCAGCAACGCGGUAAAGGACAGCAGGAAUCGAACUUGAGGACCCUCUCGGAUGCCGCAGUGUCACGCCUGAGCAGCGGUUUGAUCGAAAAGAAUCCGGCGGUAGAGUCGCUGACAUUGGCCUCCGCGAAUGUAAACGCCGCCAGCAGUAAGGUUGCUCUGCGCAUACCGCAGCCGCAUCAUCGCAUCUCCGGUUUCGGCAUGAAAAUCAAGCCCAACCAUCAAGUUCGCCACAUCCCAAAUCCCCAAGCCGUCGUGGUCUCUCAAUACCGUAAUCAAAAGUUACUUCAACGCAGUUAUUUUAACGUUGUCCAAAAGUCACCUUAAAUAUGUUUUUCAUCAUUAAUUUAAUUUAUUUCUCAUUCUCUACCUCUCCCUUUUUUAUUUGCUAUUUAUUACCUGUGUUUCUUAUUUAUUAUUACCUGUAAAUUAUUUCAGUUAUUAAAUUCCGUCGGAAUUUCUAUAUAAUCGAAAUAUAUAUUUCGUGAACUUUAAUUGCAAUUUUCCUAAGACGUGAUGAAAGAUUUUAUUACUAUAUCGAGGAAAAUCAAAUAUAAUAUCUACAGUUAUUUUAUUCGAAACAACGAUUGUCAUCCGUGCAUUCAUCUUACAACAUCUUUUAUUAUAUAAAAAGUGCACAAAUUAUAUUAUUUUCUGGUUACUACCGUUGGCAUGUUUUAUUUUUACUGGGAGAGAGAAGGGAAAGGGAAAAUGUCGCGAUUAUAUGUCGAAUUACUAUUACCUAGAUAUAUUAAAACUACGUAUAACUACUAUAAACCGGAUCUGUCGCGAUUUUUACUCUAUGAUUACCGGUGGAUUUGGCAAACAGACUUUUAAGAAAAAUCCGUGGAAACUAAUGGUGCCACAUCCAAUGGAAUAUUAUUCAAUGGGAAUCUUAAUUUAUAUACAUGUAUAGUGUUCAGCGUAAUAAUCCAUACAAUUUUUUAAACACUUCCGACAAUUAAAAAAAAAGAUUAAAAAGUGAAUAUUUAUUUGUUUCAAGCAGUACAACAUACGAUAGAAAAAUUUUUUAAUAUUUUUUUUAAUAAGAAAAAUAAGGCUUAUCUUUAAUUUUUGGAAUAGUGCUAUGCAAUUUUUUUCAUGACAUUCAGGGGAACUUCAGAUGAAUUUAACGCAUUAUCGAGAAUGUCGUUUUUAUUAAUGUUUAUUUUAUUCAUUUUAUUGGUACACAAAUAUAUAACAUCUAUCAUAAAUGUUUAUUAAUAAAAAAAGAUUAUGUAAUUUAUAUGAAUAAAUUUUAUUGAUUUUAUUGUUAUUUAAUAUCAAAUUGCAGCAUUAUUUGCAACAGAAAUACUACAAGCAGUACUUAUAUUUAAAAUCUUAGAGAAAGAAUAAUUACAGGUUGUGCAACUCAAAAUAGUAUAAUAGUUGCGAUAUACAUAGUAAUUUUGCAAAAGAGCAGACUUGGUGCAGAAGGAAGCAAGCAAUAAACAUUCGCUAACAUGAGGUUUUUUUUUAUUUUUCUUUAUUAAUAUAUACACAUACAUACACAAUAAAAUAAUACAUAUAUGUAUAUGUUUAUGUUCUGUGUACAUUUUUCAAAGCUUGUAAUUACUGCUGUUACAAAUAAUGCUCCAAUUUGAUAUUAAAUAUUAAAGAAAAUUAAUAAAAUUUCUUCACAUAAAUUACAUAGCCUUAUGAAUAUUUAUGAUAAAUAUUAUGAUAAAUGGAUUUGUGUCAAUAAAAUCAAUAAAACAUCAAUAAAAGUGACAUUCUUGAGAGCGCGUUGAAUUAGAAGAUACAAUAUCAUGAAAAGAAUUGUAUUUAAAAAAUUCAAGGUGACCUAGAUCUUUUAUUUAAAAAAAUGUUUGUUAUUUUUUUUUAUCGCAUGUUGUAGCUGUAUGAAAUAAAUAAAUAUUCAACUUUCAACAUUUUUAACUGUUGGAAGUGGCUGUACAUAUAUAGAAUGUUCAGCAAAAUAGUCUGCACGAUUUUACUUUAUGAUAAUUAAAAAAACUGUUAGAAGGAAUAUUUAUUUAUUUCUUGCAAUCUACAAUACAUAACAUAAACAAACAACAUAAACGUUAAAAGCUGUCUAGAAAUUAUUUUUGCAUUGGAAAUACAUAUCAUAUCUUCAUAUCAAAUCUUCAAAUUACUUAUCUCCUUAUGUAUACACAAAGUUUUACUCUUUUUAACAAAUUACUUUUUAACGAAGUAUUAUACUAUUUAGAUUCAAAGUUGUACAAGCUACAUAUAUUUUAUGCGUGUUUAUAUUUUGACAUUUUUAGUCAAAAUUUAUAAGUACUGCUAUUUAAAAUAAUGCUGCAAAUUUUUAAUAUUAAUUAUCAAUAAAAUCGAUAAAACAAUCAAAUUAACAUUCCUGGCGUCAAAUUAUGUUUUUAAAGAUCUUUAUGAUAUUACAAAAAAAAUUACAUAGUGCUGUUUAAAAAUUUUAAGAUAUAAUCUAUAGAUUUUUUAUUAAAAAAUUUUUUUAAUUUUUUAUUGUAAGUUGUAAUAGCGUGAGAUAGAAUAUUAAUAUUUCAACUUUUUCUUUAAACUGUCGAGAGAGAGAAACGGGCUCAGAUAUUGUGCGGACUAUUACACUGAAUAUCCUGUAUAUGAAAUAACUUUCACUUGGACAUAACUCAUUUGUACACUGUUUAUUUGCACACCGUUCAUUUGCAUACGGUUAUAAAAAACAGAAAAAUAAAAAAAACAAAAAAUAUUCUAGUGUGCAAAUGAACGAUAUGCAAAUAAACCGUGUCCAUUUGUCCAAACUGUGUAUAAAAUAUCAUGUUCAAAUGAACGCUGUCUAAGUGAACUUUUCCCUGUAUAUGUCGAGAUGUAGUAAUUGGUGAAUGGAUGGGAAUGAUAAUAGCAAAAUGGAUGACUACAGAUACAGUCAUCAGUUGUUCCUUCUUUAGGACUAUGCGAGGACUCCAAGUUCGCAGAAAAUGCUGCGGGAUCGAGUACUCGAAAACACCUAUAGUAAGUUUAGUAUUUAUUAUAAUCAAAUAGAUCUCUUCAAAUUAUCAGCAACAAGCCGAUCACAUUUAUAUUUUUGAAUUUUUGUUAUGCGUAGUUAAAUUAUAUAUUUAUAAAAAUCUUAUAUUACAUUUAUAAUUUAUCAAAUCCUUAUUGUAGAAAACUAUUGCUUUUUAGUUGACCAGUAUACAGAAAGAUUUUUCAUAAUGAUUUAUAUAAUGCUAUAGCGUAUUAUUAUGUUUACCACUGUUAAAUUAUUUUAAUUACUUGUUUGUUGUUUUAAUUGUAAGUGUAUAUAUAGAAUGCUCUUGAAAUGUUUGUUUUGUUAAAAAAAUAUUGGAAAUAUUUAGAAACAAUUACAAUAAGUGUAAUUUGUUUGAAUGCUCCCAAAGACGUAAAUAAUAAAUAAUCUCGCGAUUCAAGCGGAAAUCAAUCACAGUUGUCUAUUUUACAUUAACGUUUCAAGGAAAUUGAUUCGAGACUUGAACUCAUAUGAGUUACCUUUAUCGAAUAUAUGCACGAACGCGCGUGCCUACUACGUCGGAUAUAAUUUUUCCCUUUCUUUCAGAACUUGCGGUUGGCAAAAUAUAUGUACAUAUAAUAAUAUAUUUGUAGAGAUGCCAAAGAACGCCCGAGAAUGUGUGCAAUGUAUUAGUGCAAUUUAUUAUUUAAUAUAUAAUCGAAGAAUUAGCGACGUCGAGACGUAAAAAGUAGGUAAAUAGUAUUCGUACGGAUACAUACGAAUUUGUGAUUCUCUAAGCGACUGUAGUAUAUAGGCGUACAAGAGACGAUAUGUUUCUACAACAACACAUUUUUAUGGAAUUAAUGAAAAACAAUUUGUUGUAAAAUCAAGUGGCAAAUUUACAAAAUUAUCAUUGCGUGACUGCGCACUCCAGUGCAACAAUGACCAAAGAAGCAGUACAUUUUGUAACUGACAAGUGCGGAAUAAGUGGCAAAAAUAUUGUAAAUUCCAUCAUUUGUAACAAUAACAUUUUUUUAACAAAUCUAAUUUAAUUCUUUCGAAUUCGAGCGACAUUUUGUAAUUCCUGUAUUCCUGUAUAUUAAGAUAAUUCUCGCAGUGUACAUUUAUUAUAUAUUUCAUAUAUAGAAGAGAAUAUUGAUAUUUUCACAAUCUUUCUCUCACUAUUGAAUUAGAAAUGACGAGCAUAACAAAACUAUUUCUCAUGUAUUUUUAAUUUCUAAUAAAUAUAAAUUAUUUGUGUUACCAGAAUAAUAUCUAAAUAUAUUUGCUAAGUAUAUUUGCGAUAAGUCUUUUAAUUUCAUAAAAAAUUCUAAAAAAACUGAAAAUAUGAAUUUUGUGCUUUUAUAUUCCUUGUAGAGGAAAGGAACGGAGUUGUGGAAUACUAUUUUGUUAACAAACAUUUACAAUUUACUGAAGAGGAAACAUAGAUGCGUUUAUGGAACAGCAGGGAGAUUGUAGAAUAUUAACAAUUAAUGUCAUAAAAGGUAUUUUUAUUUAUAAAAAAAAAACGUAAAUAAUGAUAGAUUUUA